AUGACGAUGACAACAUUUCAGGCUUCGCCACAUCCAGUGGCCCACUCACAUGCUCACCAUUCGGUUCCGCCGCAUUCUCACUUGCAUCUCCAACAGAUGGCUAGUCACAUGAUGGCAGUCCAGCAACAAGAGGCACAUAGUCUUAGUCAUCAACAACCCCAAGCGCAACAACAGGCUCUUCAACAGCAGCCACAGCAGCAGCAUCAAGUGCUACUUCAGCAUCAAGCUGGUCAAUCAACCCUUGCACACAAAGUCCAGCUGCACCCCGGACUCUACACUACCGAUGCUGCUGUGCUGCUCUCUCAGCAGCAACAGCAGCAUCAGCAACAGCUAAAUCCUCAUGUGCAACAGGGAACACAACCACAGAUUACUCAAAUUCAGAUUCACGCUUCUACGCCACACCACCAGCAACAGCAACUUCAGCAGCAGCACCAACAACAAUUGUACCAACAACAUCCAGCUUUUGCAGCCGCCUUCACCAGUCCAUCUGCAGCUGCAAGCGGUAGCAUGCAGUUAUUAUCUGCUGCUGCAGUAGCUGCCGCUGCAAAUCAUCAGCAGCAACAACAGCAGCCACUUUUAGCUGCCUCAACUUCAGCUAGCGGGGCCACGAUGACAGCUACUUCGGCUGGGCAGGCAGCGGCUGCAGCGGCAGCUCUCGUGAACGGGGCGGCCGCCUAUCCAGUUGCCGCAUUAGCCGCCUCGCUAGCCGCUGCAGGUGGCGCUGGGGUGAGUCAGGCUGGAAACACAGGUUCCACAACUGUCAGCCUGCCCAUAACUGCCUGCAGUGGCGGGGCUACUGGUAUAAUGUGUGCAAACACUCCUCAGUCUUCGAUGUCUGGGACUACUGUCUCCACCGUAGAUGCUGCAAUGGCUGCGGCUGCCGCGGCUGCAGCCGGUCUGCGUGUCUGUCUUAAACCGGAGCCAAAUAGUUCCGGCGCGACAAAAUUA